AUGUUCCAGUAUGCAGACAUUUGUCUUCCCCACGCUGAAACGGUGACCGUCAGCUCGAGCGCUGAUGUGACUAACCCCUCCAAAAGAGGGUUUGCGCAAUCUAGGAGUGGAGUGGGACUGGGGAUGCGCUCCAAACCUUACCCGACCCCGGCGCGCAGACGUCACCGCACCACGUUCAGCCACGAGCAGCAGGAGUUGUUGGAGCUCGCGUUCGGACAGAACCACUACCCGGACAUCUACGGCCGCGAGGAGCUGGCGCGCGCCACUAAACUCAACGAAGCUCGAGUACAGGUAUGGUUCCAGAAUCGCCGUGCCAGACAGCGCAAGCAUGACCGUGCUGCCCAGAAAGUCUUGCCCAUCGCCAUGAUGCCUGGGCGUGCUGCCCUUCUGGGCGGCUUAUGUGUGCAGUCCCCAGGGGUCGGGUGGCAGUGCCAGUGUUCUCACUCCCUCACGCCAGUCUCCCGGUUCUCAACAGUGGUGGCCCCUAGUGGGUACACUCACCACGCUGUGCCAAGCAACCAGUGCCCAUCAGGAGCGUUUAGCUGCCAGUCUGGCACAGCUCCUGGCCCACAGUCUCAUCAACAGGAGGACUGGUACUGCCAACUACGCAGCAUGAACCCGCCGGCCAACCUGCCCCAUGCAUCUAUGCUCUCGCUGGCUUCCAUGUCAGCGUUAGACUCAGCUGGACACUGGAAUUAG